AUCCAAUGUCCUUGGACAGUCUCCUCUGCAAUUCGGUAAUCAGGUAGUACACGGUCUACGUAGAUUGUCUCGAUGCAUAUUCCGUAGUUGGUCCAGACUAAGGUACAGUACCUUAUUUCUUAGUUUCAGCCGCUCACAAGCAAUUCAUGCCCAAUGCUCAACGUUAUGUAAUCGAUGACUACAUGGAUUCACACAAACCUCCUCCCAUACUACAUAGGGUACUCUCUCUGUACAGACAUCUGAAGGGUGUUUGUCGCUCAGAACGCGAAAUAGGCCACAGUUCUCACCUUACUGGUACUCUACCGUCUGUUGCCUCCCAGGGGACUUCACCCCUCUUUCCAAAACAGACCCGUUCUGCGAUGCUCUCAAGGGACAGGCAGUGGCCAGUGGAGGAAGAGAGCCGUGCUCCAUCCAAGGACCGGCCAACAAUAACAAACUGGUCUAACCACCUGGACCAACUUUCCCUAGCUUCGCUAACCUGGUUUCCGUCUCUCGAAUCUCUUGGGCAGGCGCAGGCGGUGGCACAGGGCUGCGGCUGGCAUUGGCUGCCACCGUCCUGCCUGCGCCGCCGCCCGGAACCAGCCCUGGCCGUGCCACGACCUCGGUGCAGCUCUCGCCAAUGGCUGGCCGGUCUCGCUUGUGGAAUUAAGCACAGAACCAGACAAGACUAGGCAGGGCGAGGUCCUGCUGGCCAGAAGCAUCGAAGCAGCAGGCCAUGGCGUGUUUUGUGGCGUCGAAGCGAUUCCUCCCCUCAACAGAGGAAGGAGGAAGCAAGGGGAGCAGCGUUGCUUUCCUAUCGCCGCAACAUCAAGCAGUGAGUCGAGAGAAAAGACGCCGCCCAUGUCUCGAAGCUCACUGCCGACAAUACCUGUCCUUCCCGCUGGUCCCUUCGCCCUGUUCGAGUUGCCCUUCUCAGCACCCGAGUUGGUCCUCAGUUCGAUGUUGUGAAACAGUGGUACCGGAGUCAACCCCGACGAAUCCUCACAACAAGGGAAUCUCCGUUAAUGACCUCCCUUCUUAGAAAAAUACAUAGCAAAUUGU